AUGUCGGUCCCGACCGGAGCCCGACAGGCCGACUUGCGCCGCCGGAGGGCAGACCAAUCAGCAGCGCCGCCUGGUGGAGACAGUCAACCACCUGUUACUCAUGUUACACAGCCUGGGACACCGGGCACGGACUUUACCGAGCCGAAACCGGCGGAAUCUGCCGAGCGGAAGGGGCGUUCGGAAAACUUCGUGCCGCUUCCGAAGUCAGAGAUCAGGCUGUGUGCGGGGAUCACUGUCUGCCUCGUGGUUUACGUCCUGUACUGCGUCUACAGAUUCUCGGAAGAUCACAAGGAUGAACUGAACACACAGGACCUUUCACCCGGCUGGACUAUCCUAGGCAGGGAAAAAGACACCCGUAACAAAGGAUGGAGAGAGUUUGUGAAGCGGAUGCAGACAAGUUUCCCCCUGUUUUAUCUGGGUCACGUGGUCCUGGGAGCAGCUUCAGCCAGAUUUCUGCCGAAGACUAAGUUCCGGCUGUAUGGCGUGUACGGAGCCGGCAGCCUGGCGGUGUACCUGGGCUGGAGACCGGCCGGCGUGGUGCUGCUCCAGGCCGUGGUGAGCUUCGCCCUGUCCCGCCUGAGGAGACCUAUGCUGAUCUGGGGGUUUGCCAUCAUCGUCACGACAGCGGUCUUCAUGGAACCGGGCAGCACUUGGCAUCACAACCUUGUGGGCUCCAAGGCCAAGUACUCCAUCUUUAUGGUGACCUUGACCAUGUCGUGUUUGCGUGACGUCAGCUUCGGUUUGGAGUUCUGCUGGGAGACAGAACGAAACCCGGCCGGUUACAGCCUGCUGGACCUGCUGACCUACAACUUCUACUGGCCGCUGCUGACGUCAGGACCCAUCAUCAGCUACAGCGACUUCAGACAGCAGAGGUUAUCUCAGGGGGACUCUCAGCCAGGGCUGCAAAACCUUCCCAGGGUGCUGUUGGACCUGGUCAGACUGCUGUUCUGGUUCCUGUGUGCGGAGAUUUCCCGCCAUUAUCUGUACAUCCACGCCAUCUGUGCCAGGAUGGACGUACUGCAGCAGGCAUCUGUUUUCACUUUGUACGGCUUGAUCUAUGCACACAUACAGUUCUUCCAUGUCAAGUACGUGGUGCUCUUCGGGAUGGGAUCAACUCUCGCGAGACUGGACGAGAUCUCGCCCCCACCCCAGCCCAAGUGCGUCGCCACAGUCUAUCAGUUCACUGACAUGUGGAGGUCGUUUGAUCCUGGUCUUUACAAGUGGCUGGUGCGAUACAUCUACUGGCCGCUAGGUGGCUCCCGUAGCGCGACGUUUAUGUUUGUGUACUUCUGGCAUGGCGGCUCCCACAACCUGUUUAUUUGGGCAGCGCUGCAGUUCUUCGGAGUCCUGCUAGAGACCCUCACUAGACGAUUUAUGAGGCUGCCAGCUAUUAGGGCAUGGGAGCUGAAGCACCUGAGUGCGUUGUCAUCACGGCGCCUGCGCACACUGCUGAACACCUGGCCGUUAGAGGCGCUCGCCAUCUCCAACCUGGUGUUCCUCACAUCUCCGCAAGUCGGCGCUCAUUGCGUGUUCACACUUGGCAGGCCCUUGGCGGCGCUUCAAACAGCAGCUAUUCUCUUCUGCAUCGGACAGUGGACUGUGGAGAUCGGGAAAAAGGUGCCGCUCAUGUGA